AGAAAAGGCUACCAGUAAUUUUGGACGAGGCCCAAGAACUCAUUGAUCGAUUUCAAAAUAAGUUCACCUCCACUACCGACAAGGAUAAAAGUCGACCAUUGUAUUCACUAGUUAUUAGAGCUUUUACAAUUUCGGGCAUAUGCGUUAUUCCUUCAGGAACUGGUUUAACUAUGAAGUCGGUACUAGAUAUUACUGGUUCGCAUGCCAUGAAGGGAGCAACUUGGAAUAAUGAAGAUUUGAUUGUUAUAAAGAAUGAGUUCGGUUUAACUAAAAUGCUCAGAAAUUUCCUAUCAAAAUUUGGGUUUCCAUUUGAUGAUCACCAAGAUAUUAUGCGGUGGUUUGUAGGACGAGUUAGGUUUGCAACAACCUUUGUUGAAGAAUGGUUAAAUAACAAUUAUGGUAUAGAUGAAUUGUUUGCGAAGUUCAAAGGAUAUUACACAGACCCGGACAGUAAUAAAAGCAUUAUGGUUAAAAUUGUCAAUCGGACAAACAAUGAUACUAUACGACAAGGAAUAAGGAAUAAUUUAAAGGAAGGUGAAAGUGAAGUAGAUAUUUUAUCAUUAUUGGAACGAGCAGUGAUAAAGAAUUGGUUCGAUGGCCUUAAUUCAAUUAUCGUUGAAAAAGAAUCUGCCUUGGAAUUAUUUGAAUAUGGAGUCGCUCUAUUGCAUAGAGAAAAAGAUAGUAAAUUGCAGAUUAUUAUCAGUGAACCCCUUGUAAUAGAGUCUGCAUUGCGAUAUUUCUUAAAAUAUACCGACUUUUCUUUGCAUAUUUUGAGACGGAUGUCUGAUAUAGAUUUCUCUCCAUCUAGUAUGGGGAUAUUGUGGGAGCUUCUUAUUCCUAAUGCAAUUAUUAAGCUUUUCCAAGAUGAAGGUGUUCGUGAUAUAUUUAAAAACCCGCUUCCAUACAAUGAUUGGAAGAUUUAUGAACCACCUAAUGGCUCACUCUCUGUUCUAGCAACGCGUAGUACUUCUGAUUAUACUCUACCAAAUUUUUUGGAAAACCCCGUUUCUCCUUUCUUUUAUCCAGAAAAUGUUGCAGGACCAGAUGUAGUAACAGUAAUGUGUCCAGUGGACUCAGACAAAAAAUAUCUUGUCUUAAUUCAAGCUAAGUUUCGAUUAAAAAAUAAAGGCGAUGUUCUAUUAACUACCGAUCCAAAAAAGUUUUACCAUACAAGAUCGGAGAAGAAGGGAGUUGAAGCUAAAUUGUUGAAAGGGAAAGUUUAUGAAAUAUCUUAUGACAAGGUAACAAAACUGAUCAAAAAGAAUUAUGAUGGUAUUUUUAGGAUUUUCAUCAGUUAUCCUGCUGAAGUAACACUAAAGGAGGAAAUUGAAGCUAAGGAAAUGGAAGUUGAGGAAGAAGAAUGGGUUGCAAUUAUUGACGCAAGUAAUUGUAAUCGUAUUUUUGAAGAAAAACAUAUUGAAAUGUUCAAGGAGUUAAAGAAUCCAGGAAAGAGAAAUUUUGAUAAUGGUCAAAAUUCAUCUAAUAAAAAGCCAAAAGCUCUGGCAGAGGUAAAUGAGGCAGAGGUAAAUGAACAACAUAAAAAGUAACCUUAGGCAAACGUACUGCAUCAUGUCCUCCCCUGCUCUCCGGGGUCCCAGCGGAUCAAUGAUCAAGAAAUAACAAUAAUAUAUAAUAUAAUGAAAAAAAGCAAAGCAGUAAAUUACGAAUUAAUUUUUACUUCAAAUCACAAAUUAAUAAACGCAAGUUUAAUGCAUAAACGCGAAUUUAAUGCACAGAUUGAUAAUGAAUGAAUUUUACAUAUUUGAAUUAUUAGUAAGAAACCAUCUGGAUGAUUAUAAUCUCUGAUUUACGUAUAGUGAUAGAGUUUUAUUUUUUUUUGCAAAUAUCAUUCAUAGUAUCAUAAAAAGUUUUAUCAAUACAGGUUAAAAAUUAUCAAAACA